AUUCGUUUCCUUCAUAUUUCAACAUAUCCCAGAAUCUCCCUCCCAUCCCAGCCUACCCAUCACCACCAUGGACGACGAAGCCCGCACCGCCCUCUCAACCAUGAAAAUGCCCCGACGCGCCAUAAACUACGUACCCGCCAAAUCCGGCGAGACGCUUAUUCUACCCAAUAACCUCAUCUGCCGCAUCAUGGAAGAUGGCUCAAGAACCGACAACCGGAUUGGCUCUGCCGAGUUCACCGUACCGCCGAAUACAGCAGGCCCGCCUGCGCACUGGCAUGAGAUGCAUGAUGAGACAUUUUUGGUUACGCAGGGUGUUAUUAGGUUUCAUGCCCCUGACGGCGCUGCAAUCGAUGCCAAAGAAGGGGACUACAUAACGGUGCCGAUCCGCGCGCCACAUACGUUUUCGAAUCCGACGGAUGAGCCGGCAAAGUUCUUUAAUACGUAUACGCCUGCGUUUUAUAUCGAUUACUUUAAGCGGCUGGCGGAGGCGUUCAAGGAGGAGGGCAAGUGGACAAAUGAGAGGAAUUUGCAGGUCAUGAGUCAGUUUGCUACGUUGCCGGCCGGGGAGAUGCUUGCGGAGGCAGAGAAGAAGAAUUAGAGGGAUGUUGAAAAGAGUGCUGGAAAGAAUAAUUAUCGCAGUUGCUAUGUAUCAAACCAAAAGUAGUGGUAAUACAGGAAAGGGAAAUUUUACACAUCAGCGCUCGGUCCUAUCACUACAAUAAUGCCAGCCCCGAAACUCCCCUGUUGAUACCCAUACCAUCUGCCAAAUACUACUACUACUCUUCCUCG